AUGGCGACCGCACCCUCGGGAGAUCUGCUGGGCCUAGGCGACACUCCAGGCGGUCGAUCACCCGGCCUGACGCUUAAUCUUGCGUCAAACAACCCCUUUCGCAACCGUGCUGCCUCGCCAAGCUUCACGCCUCCGCCACCCCAUUCUCCUUUUGAUGAUCCUCCUCCCCGACCCGUCUCCAGGAACAACCCUUUCCUCGAUUCCUCCCAGAAUCCUUCAAGCCAGUUUGUCAUAUCACCCGACAAGAUGGCAUCGCCCCUAGAGACCCGUCGGUCUCCCACCGCCGAGGAGCUUUUUGACAACCUGAUUGUUGACGAUAGAAACUCAACAAUGCAGCAGUCCCGUCCCAGCGGCGGCCGACCUCCGACGAACCGCACUGCUACAGGUGGUCCCCUGCGUGGUGAGAACAUCCCCCCGCAUGGUCGAGGUCCGCCUCCCUCGUCCCAUCGGCCCACGCGAUCGCAAGAAGAAGCCCAGAAGGCGCGCCGAAUGCAAGCCGCAACCAAUGGAGAUAGGAUCAUUGGUGGCUCACCACAGAAACGCUCGGAACGACGUCUACGCCGCAACAGUGAAUCCUCGGUUAUGGAGAAGCCCAUGACCGACGAAGAGAAGAAGCUGCGUGAGAUGCGAAACCGCGAUCGUGAGAGACGCCACCGCGACCGUGACGGCAAGCCUCGCACCCAGCGGAAACUGGAUAUCAUCGAUCAGCUGGAUGCCACAAGCAUCUACGGCACUGGGCUGUUCCACCAUGACGGUCCGUUCGACGCGUGCAACCCGCACCGCAACCGCAAAGGUAGCCGUCGUGCACCAAUGUCGGCAUUUGCUAAGGACUCUGCCAACAACUCGAUCGGUGGCUCUGGCCCCGUCAACAAACGACCCGACCACAAGCUCUUCAUGGGACAUGAACCCCACGAGGCAACCUCGAUGUAUGCCGCUGGGGUGGUCAAGGAGCAGAAGGAGCAGCGAACCAACCGAGAGGAGUUGACCUUCUUUGACCCCAAGCAACGGGGCGAGUACGAGUACGGUGAAGAGACAAUUGGACUUGGAGCAUCGACCUUCUUGGAGGGCACGCCGGCUGCCCGAGCCGCCAUCACACGAAACCAGUCCGAGACAGCUCAGGAAGCACUAGAGUCGGGAUUGGGAAGAAAGAAGUCGGUGGUGCAGCGAUUCCGCAGCAUCAAGCGUGCCCCGCGCGAGCCACGCGACUACGAAUCAGGUCGCGUAACUAGCCCUGGCGCUUACUACGGACCGGCGUCAGCGUUACCGACCAGCAGUUCGACUGGUGAAAGAAACCCCUUCUUCAACGAAUUCGACAACAAGGCCGAGGAGCGUAUCAGUGUCAAGCGCAAGGAUAGCAACCCGGCCCCUCCUCCUAUGAGCCCUCCCGUGACUGGGGCGGUGCUGGAACGUCGAUCGACUACGGAUGCUACUAUGGAUUCCCAAGAGGGUCAGGCCAAGCCCGCGAGCACCGGCUUUCUUUCACGUAUUAAGAGCGUGAAGGGUGGACGAAGACAGCGUCCAGAGGUACCGGCCAAGGACUAUACUGGUCCACUCCCUGGUGCUGCCAUGUGA